CAAUGGUGGACAAUUUCUCCCAAGCCCACACUGUGGAGCUCUGCUAUGAGAACGUGAAUGAAUCCUGCGUUAAAACCUCAUACUCACCAGGCCCUCGAGCGAUCCUCUACGCAGUCCUUGGUUUGGGGGCCGUGCUGGCCGUGUUUGGAAACCUACUUGUCAUCAUUGCGAUUCUUCACUUCAGACAGCUGCACACCCCAACCAACUUUCUGAUCGCAUCCCUGGCCUGCGCCGACUUUCUGGUGGGAGUCUCGGUGAUGCCCUUUAGUACGGUGAGGUCUGUGGAGAGCUGCUGGUACUUCGGGGAGAGCUACUGUAAAUUUCACACAUGCUUUGACACCUCCUUCUGCUUUGCUUCUUUAUUUCACCUGUGCUGCAUCUCUAUUGAUAGAUACAUUGCUGUAACCGACCCUCUGUCCUAUCCAACCAAGUUCACUGUAUCAGUUUCAGGAGUAUGCAUCAUUCUUUCUUGGUUCUUUUCGGUCACAUAUAGCUUUUCUAUCUUUUACACUGGGGCCAAUGAAGAAGGGAUUGAGGAACUAGUAGCUGCCCUGACCUGCGUGGGAGGUUGCCAGGCUCCUCUGAACCAAAAUUGGGUUCUGCUCUGUUUUCUUCUAUUCUUUCUCCCCACUGCGGCCAUGGUAUUUAUCUAUGGUAAGAUAUUUUUGGUGGCUAAGCAUCAGGCUAGGAAGAUAGAGAGCACAGCCAGCCAAACUCAGUCUUCUGUAGAAAGUUAUGAGGCAAGAGUGGCAAAAAGAGAGCGGAAAGCUGCCAAAACCCUGGGCAUUGCAGUGGCAGCGUUCCUUGUCUCCUGGCUGCCAUACAUUAUUGAUGCAGUAAUUGAUGCUUACAUGAAUUUCAUAACUCCUCCUUAUGUGUAUGAGAUACUAGUAUGGUGUGUUUAUUAUAAUUCAGCUAUGAACCCCCUGAUAUAUGCCUUUUUCUAUCCAUGGUUCCGAAAGGCAAUAAAGCUUAUUGUAAGUGGCAAAGUCUUGAGGAGUGAUUCAUCGACAACUAAUUUAUUUUUGGAAGAAGCAGAUAUAGAUUAA